CUCCCAACUCAUGCAGCUAUACAACGCCAUUACACUGGCAAUCGUAGCCUUUCAGACCUCCACCGCGUCGAAAACAAAGUCGGCAAGCGACCUGAAUGGCUGGUAUCCCUGCUCUGUGUACACCUUCUCAGAAGAGGGUAGCUCGGCCGGUGAAGCCGCUGAGUGUGCUGUGUAUAGCGCACCUUUGUGCUAUCCUGGAAUCUGUGAAGAUCCCAAAAACGGCGACUCAGAGGUUGACAUCUUCGUCAAACGUAUACCGGCGACGGUAGGCAACCCCGACACUGCCUUGAAUGUGUGGCUGCUUACGGGUGGACCUGGCUACUCAUCCACUAGCAUGGAGCCAAUGAUGGAGUCAGUGCACGCAGAGCUGGAGGGAAGCAUGAACGUGUACACGAUGGACCACCGCGGUACUGGGCGCAGUACACUAUUUGACUGUGUUGCGGCGCAAGUCACUACCUCGGGGUCGCCUGUGGGCUCUGAAAUUGACCCGUCCGAAGUUCCAGCAUGUGCUCAAGAUCUCCAAACCAAGUUUGGUGACCUGAGAUCCUUCUCUGUGACGACUGCGGCGACGGAUCUUGCAACGUUCAUCUCGAAGCACACAAAUGGCGCGAAAACUUAUGUGUACGGCGUAAGCUACGGCACAAUGUUUACACUACGCCUCAUGCAGCUAGCUCCCCCGGAGGUGGCUGGGUAUGUGCUUGAAGGCAUCUCGUACACCCCUGGAGCUCCUGCUAACAAGUUCUUUUACACCUCAAAUUGGGACACCCAUUUCGGAGAUGUUGGGGAAACGUUCAUGGCACUUUGCGAUAGCGAUAGCGACUGCAAGACUCGUUUCCAACCCGACCUUCUCUCCGAUGUUCUUCAGGGAGUAAUCGAGCAGCUUGACAACAACCCGAACUCGACUUGUGGCGAGCUGAUCUCCGGCACCUCAGACCUUCCGCCGUCUCAUGCUCUACGGUCUGCACUUGGGACUGCGUUGAUGGAUUCAGACACGCGGACUCUUAUCCCGCCGGUUGUUUACAGGCUCAAACGCUGCUCGCCUGAGGACGCGGAUGUUUUAACACAAUUCUUCACGAGUGUCAAUUCAAAUGGCGAAACGAAAUCUCAAGACAGUGUAUUCGAAUCACCGUUACUGAAUAACCUCAUCGUAUACUCUGAGAUGACGGAGCGACCGCGGCCAUCGAUGUCCAAGCUGAAGACUCGUUUCACUGACUCCAAAAUGAGCAGCGGAGGAGGUGAAGAUUUGUCGUCGGCUUACCAAUACUGCGCAUUGUCGAAAGAGAAGUCAGCGUUAUGUGAUGAGCUCAAUGUCGGCACGUAUGACGCUAAUGCCAUUGUCUACAAGCGUGAUCAGUACUGGAACAAGACCGUGGCGAUUCCUAACAACGGCAGUGUCUUGCUGCUGAGUGGAAAGCUCGACCCUCAAACCCCUGACAAAUAUGCAAAAGUUCUGUUGGACGCGCUUGAUGGCGAGGAAAAAGAACUUAUCUCAUUCGAUUACGCUACGCAUAACGGCGAUACUUGGAGUCGAUCCUGCGGAGAGAGCCUGACCGUGUCGUUUAUACGCAAUGGUGGUAAUCUCGAGUCUUUGGACCGGUCGUGUCUAGACGAAAUGCCACCGUUUAACCUGACAACGCCGGAUGACAUAUUGUACAGCUUCUUCGGCACUAACGACGCCUACGACGGAGAGUACAAUUCGAGUUUGGUUCCGUCUUCGUGAGUGAAGCUUUUUCUGGAAGACUAUUCUCACUUGGCUUGCCCUACAUUGGCAAAGGAAGUUUCAGAUAUGCAUCCGCUAGCUUUACGGUUGGACGGUAGAGACAUACAACAUACGUGCAUUGCAAAAGGUC